AAUUUACAUUAUUACAUUUACAAGUUAUCGGUGAAAUUUCAUGACAUGACGCACUUAUUAAAUCGUAAUAAUAUCAGUUCCGUUAUGAAUGACGAGUACCAUAAGCUAACCGCGGAACUUGACGCUAGGGAAGUACUGCAAUACUUAAACCAUCUAGGAAUUCAAAAUAUAAGCGGAGAGGUUUUGAAACACUUUAUCACAGAUUUAAAGAAAUUAAUAAAGUAUGAUCUACAGCAGAAAUAUGCAUCUGAUCAUGAGAACAUUCCAACACAAGGUCCAGAAAGGCUACACAGUGCUAGUACAUUUUCAUCGAGGAUUAGAUCUCGAAUAUCAAAUAGCACAGAUUUGAAAUGUAAUAGAGAUUGCCUGAGUAGAAGAAAGGCAUUGCAUGUCCGCAAUAUACAGUCUGCUCCUAAUAUUCGUCAGUCCGUGCCCGACGAGAAACCGUUAAGAAGGGCUUGCUCGUGUGUCAGAGUUGAGAAGAAGGAAUCUAUGUCCAGCCAAAUGAAAACCUCUAAUACAACCUCAAACAAUAAUAUAAUUAGAGUAGCAAAGCCACCAGCAGUGAAGAAAUGUGAUCCUGUAUCCCUGUAUCAUUAUUAUACAUCACUUUGGGAGAAGUACAAGCCCAAUGUUCCCGGUGAAAAUAACUGGUCUGACUUGAGGUGGAGUGUGAGACAGAAAAUGGCAGGUACAGCCAGCCAAACACAUAAUAAAAUAAACAAGAUUCCGGAUAAUCCCAAAAUAUUGGAUAAAUGACAAAUAUCUUUUAACAUCAAUGUAUCUGUGGAGUAAAAGAUAUAGAUAUUUAAACUUGGGAAUGGAAUCCAGAGUUAUUAGCAAUAAGUUGAUGUAAAGUAGCAAAU